UUUGCCAAUGUCACCUGUCAGUCACAUGACAACAACGGCGUGACAUCUUUCCAAGAUGGCUGACAAGUUCCCAAAUCUCUGACGUUUUCUGAACAAUUUUAUCAUUUUAGCAAAAGUAGCGAUUAUAGUUGGCCUAAUUCCUAGAUGAGUAGGCGGAGAGGGGGCAAAGACAGAGAGUUGACAGACACUGCGAGCAUUAGCAGCACCAUGAAUGCAACACGAGUCAGAAGCCACAGUGUGGACCCCUCCCAGUCCAGCCCUGUGUUCCAACAUCAGAACGUCUCCAUCAACAGUGUGACGUCCACGGGGUCCAUCGUCACGCCUCACAUGGAGGACCGCAUGAGGAGGAAGCUCAAGUACUUCUUCAUGAACCCUUGUGAGAAGUACAGGGCUCGGGGGAGGAAACCUUACAAACUCACCUUACAGGUCUUCAAGAUCAUCAUGGUAACUGUACAGGUGUGUCUGUUUGGGGUCAGCCAGUUCUCUGUCGUCACAUUCUCAGAAGAGAAUGCCACAGCCUUCAGACACCUGUUCCUAAAGGACUGGGACCCUGGCUACGAUCAGACCUACUACCCAAAAACCUCCCCAGUAUAUGCUGUGUAUAACAAAGAAAUCUUCUAUGACCGGCUCAACUUCAUUUGGACACAGUUUUAUAACAUCAAAGAAGAUGCCAUAGGAUCCUAUGACUUUGCAGAAGUGGAUGGAAAGCCCAUGCCUAUGCAGAUAUGCCAUGAGAACUUUCAGAGUGGGGUGAUUUUUGCUGAUAAUAAUACCUACAUUUUCGACCCUGAUGUUGUUAAAGAGUGCAUCUAUAUCAAGGCUCCCACCCCUGGGGUAAAUGAGACAAUCCGGGACAGGCUGAAAAAGCAGAAUUUCACUAUCAAUUUUGACAGUCUGAUCAAGCUGGAAGUGCACCUGGUAAUCCGAUCCAUACACUUGCAGCAGACAACAAAGUACAGCACUCCAAACUGUAUCCAGUUCAAUGUCACGAUCCAGUAUGACAACUCCAACCAUGAUGGUAGAAUGGGCAUCAGCCUCACACAACAGAAGAUCUUCCUAAAAUGUCAUGCACUUACUGAUGACAAAGCUAUGUAUGUAGGCACUGAUGGAGACACUAACUACACAGGUUCCAUACUCCCCCUGGCACGGCGCUUCAACCUCAUCAGCAUAUUUGACAUGGUUGUUGUGGGAACAAGCCUGAUGUCCUGUAUCCUGUGUCUACGCUCCCUCAUCAAGGGAUGGAGACUGAAAAAUGAAUUUGUUCACUUCUUCCAAAUCAACUACAACAAGGGCCUGAGUUUCUCAGAUCGGAUGGAGUUUAUCAACUUCUGGUACGUGAUGAUCGUCGUCAGUGACAUUCUCACCUGCUCAGGAGGGGUCAUCAAGAUCCUCAUUGAAAACAAGAUUGGAGGAGAUUCCUCUGGGUUCAUAGGGUUUUUUGACCUGUACGACACAUGCAGUCUGAUGUUGGGCACAGCUGCACUGCUGGUGUGGAUAGGGGUGCUCAACUACCUCAACUUCUUCAGACAAUACAACAUCUUGAUCCUGACCAUGAAGGCAUCAGCUCCCAAUGUGCUGCGGUUCCUGCUCUGUGCAUCCCUGCUGUACAUGGGAUUUGCCUUCGCUGGCUGGCUCAUCCUGGGGCCAUACCAUAUCAAGUUCCGCACCUUAAACACUGCCUCAGAGUGCAUGUACUCGCUCAUCAACGGUGACGACAUGUUUGCAACGUUCUAUGAGAUGGGCCAGACGAGCUGGCUGCCAUGGCUGUACAGCAGGUUCUACCUGUACAUCUUCAUCAGCCUCUUCAUCUAUGUGGUCCUGUCCAUGAUGAUCUCCAUUAUCAUGGAUGUGUACGAGGCUGUGAAGGAUUACCAGGAGAAUGGCUUCCCUAAAACAGACCUGCAUGAGUUUAUAGAGUGUUGUGAAGACAGGCCAGAGUCUGGGUGUUACAGACUGGAGGGGGAGACAGCCUAUAGUAUCUUCUGCUGCUGUAGGAAGGGCAGAGGCAGAGCAAACUCCUAUGAACCAAUGGUAGAGGAAAGCUGAUGUGAUGCAUUGGGAAAACACUAAGUACUGAUUUACAAAAUGCCAAGCAAGAAGUCUGUGGGCCAAAGCAAAGCAAACAUCAUGGUGUCAGGAAGACAAACUUUGAUAGACUGUGUUUCUGUGCUUCUGGUAUUUAUAUGUUUACCAAAUGACACUCCCAGUGGUUGGAUUGUUAUGUGUUAGUGCUGAUCAGUUACACAAGUGGUGGUUAGAAAGUGACCCCUGACAUUAACUUGUUUGCCAUGUUGGAUUUGUACUCAGUUGUGUCUUACUCAGGUCCUUAUCAAUAUCUAAUUUCAAGCAGAUUUUGCCAAUGGUUACUGUUGAAUCUAAUGUAUUGCCAAUGGAAGAUUAAUCAACAGCCACAAUUGUGUACUUUGGCUUUCUGUUUUAAGUUUUUAGAGACUCGUUUGCCUUCAGAGAGGAAAGAAGGCAUUUGCUGUGUACUUUCUACGUUAAAUGUUAAAACUACUGUAGUAACACAAAGCAAAGACGGAUGAGAGCGCACUGCAAACAAAAAACACCACUAAUAUUGUACAAUCUAAAUUGUUUUCAUACAUGAUUUCCUUCAUGUAUCAAGUAAGUAGUGCAUGUAUCAUGCACUUCUUUAUUAUUAAUCUUGGCAUCCAUUCAAGACUCAUUCCAUUUCUUAUGGUGAAAAUGAAGAAAAGAUUGAACAUCAGGCACAAACUGAGAUGAACAUGAGUUUUCUGUACAUAGUGAUCUGUUCAGAUUCAUCAGACAGGGUCCAACAUGUUUGAUACAUACAGCAAUUAAUAAAUUAACACUGAAGAAACAUUUUUAGUUGUUAUGGCAUGCUGAAAUGGCCCCACCCUCAAUCAAGAUAACAUGAUAGAUAAAAUGAUAAGAUAAAUCUAGUAGUAUUUAUUUUUGUUCAGGGUUUUGUGUUUCAUAUGUAGCGUCUUUCAAUCAUUGAUUUUUUUUCAAUGUGUUGCUUAGGAUCAUAGAUACACAGAAUCUGAUCAUUUGUUUGUUAUAGAAAUUUAUUUUAGGUACAAAUCCAGGAACACAGGACACUUGUUUUUCUGUUAUUUCUUAAUUCGUGUCUUCUUUUGUAUAUGGAAUUGAAAACAAGUCUAAGCUGUGAGUAGGCCAUGAUUGAUAUUUUAUCAUGUGUACGGCUGCACUGUUAUGCAAGUCAAGUCCAAAAAUUAUUGGUGGAUAACAACAGAAAAGUUUAUCCACCUUAACCCAGAAGAUUUCAAAAAUCUAUAAAGUAUUUCAAAUAUUUUAAUUUACCCUUUGAAUGUUUUGUGUGCAAUGAGUUUGGUUAUAUUUUAAUAACCAAGAUAGAUAACGAAAGCAGGAAAAUAUAACAAUUUAGAUAUAUUACUGAUGUAUUUUUGAAACAAUAUUCAGUGAAUUGUUGUAGAAAACGGAGAGAGAUCAGUGUCAGAAAUAUUGCAGCAUUUCCCAAGGAAAGUAUAUGGAUCAUGCUGUAGAGAUUGAAUUGUAUAGACCAGUGGUUAAUGCCACAUAAUGUUUUUGUGUAAGAAAUUAAAAGAAUUGGAGUAAAAGACUUUCCUGU